CACCACCUCUGCCUCACCCCGCGCCACACCUGGCCGUUCUCUCCCCACCCCUACGAGCCCGCUCCCCCCGUUCCUCUCCACGCCCUCACCCCUCCUCGUGCGCCAGGACCAUGGCGCAGGCGUCGCCCGCGGCGCCGCGCGUCUACUCGCUCUGGAUCUACUCGCCCGCCUGCCUGCUCCUCUACCACGCCGACUGGGCCGCGCACUACGCCGACGCGCCCGCCGCGGCACGUGCGCCGCGUGCGGCGGGCGCGACGCUGCUGCCGGGCGUCAGUCGUGCCGUGGCGGCAGCGGCGCCCGAGGCCGAGGCAGGCCUGCAGCCGCGCCAAGGGCCGGCGAAUGCAAGACUCGCGCUCGACGAGGAGGCCAAGCUGGUGUAUGGCGUCGUGUUCAGUCUGCGCAACAUGGCGCGCAAACUCAAUGGCGCACAAGAAGUGUUCAACUCCUUUUCCACGCCGCAAUACACCCUCUCGCAUCUGCACACGCCCACGCUGCACACCUUUGUCCUCAUCACCUCGCCGCUCGCGCCGCCGCGCGCCGCCUCGGCAGGCGGCGGCGGCGGCAUCCCGGGCACGGGCGGCAUGAGCAGCACCGGCGUGCUGCAGCAGCUGUGGCGCGGCCCGUGGCAGGAAUGGGUGGUGCGCAACCCGGCGGUGGCGCUGGAGCGCUCGCGCGGCACGGACGAGGCAGGCGAGAUGAAGGAGGAGCGACGCAGAGGAGUGGACAGCGAUGGCUUUCGAGAGGGCGUCGAGAGAGUCUUUGCGCAGAACAAGCUGCUCGCUCCAUCAGCCUGAGGGAACCGGACAGGCGAACUGCUGCCGCUAGCCACGGGCAACGCAGUGCGGGGAAAGGUAGGGAGG